AUGAUUGAUGCCGAGAGCGCUCCCUCAAGGGCCGACUUUGAGAUAAAGAUGCUUGACUUCCGCAUUGCCAUAGAAAUAUUGUCUCUACUCGAACGCCCUCCAGUAGCCGAUGGAAAGAACAAAUCUGCAUUGAGAAAACAAGACGGAUUUUUGAAAUACUCCCCCGAGAGACCAGAACCAAAUCCACUAUAA